AUGAAGAUGCUGCUGGGCUGCUCCUCUCUCUGCCUGCUCCUCUUGCUCAGCUGCCUGAGUGAACCUGCGCACAGUCUACCUCUGCGUUUGUCCAGCUGCUCUGUCAACGUCCACACUGCCGAACUGUGGAAAUAUCACUCCACCAUACGAUCAGAUGUGAUAGCAGGAGACAGUGAGAUCGCAGUGAAAAUUCUGGACAAAUCAUUGAUCAAGGACGUUCAGGAGGGACAGAUGUGCUGUUUCGUGCGUCUCCUGAUGCGUUUCUAUGUGGAGAGAGUGUUCGGCAACUACGCCUCAUCACAGCCACAGCAUCAGCGCAGCUCCAGCGCUCUGGCCAAUUCAUUCAUCACCAUCAGAAAAGAUAUACAUAAAUGUCACUGUCACUGUGCAGAAGACACACAGAGGAAAAUUGACUCCGUCCACGCUGAGUUUAUCAAGCUGCAGAUAAACGAGGCAGCACAGAAGGCCAUGGGAGAACUGGAUGUUGUGCUGGGAUGGCUGGACGGACUGGGCCAGAAAACCGGAGAUUCAAGUUAA